CGCUCCUGGUCGCCGGGUAACGCUCCGUCCCCGCGGCCCGUUCCGCUCCGCUCCGCUCCGGCGGCUCCGCCAUGUCCGGCCGCAGCCCCGGGGUGCCCCGGCGCUUCCAGGAGCUCACCUUCUGCCGCGGCUACGGGCAGCCGCAGCCGCUUCACCCCCGAUUCCGGACCGUCAACCAGACCUACGGCAGCAGGGCCCCCACGGUACACGAGCUGCCGAACUCCUUCCACUCCAUGCCGCACAAGUUUUCGGAUCACCUGGGCAAGGCUGGCAUGUACAGGAACAACAGCCUGAACACGGCGCUGGAGACGAGCCACUGCACCGGCCCCGAUACCUUCAUCACCGCCUACGAGCACCUGGAUUUCCACCCCAGCUACAACCCCAGCGGCCCCUCGCACUGCAGGGACCAGCCGCCCUAGCCGGGACACCGCUGCGGCUUGUGUCUGGCUUGGGAAAAACACCCGCAGCCAGCCUUGGUACUGAAUGGACCCACUAGAUUAUAGAGGGAAUGUUAUUAGGAGUAAUGUAGUAAAGAUUUAAUGCGGUUCAGUGUCAGCUAGGCAGCUCAUGUGAAGCGUUUUACCUAAUUUGGCAGCGGCAUAUAAAUACGAGAAGAACAUAAAUUCCGUAUUUAUCCCCUUCUCUGCCGCUAAUGAUACUUUACACUCUUGCCUUGUGUACCACGUAUCAUUAAAAAUUAAAAUCUAAA